GACAUUAUAAAAACCAAGCUUGUUAACUUUUGCCGUAAUAUAUACACAUUUUGCGCAAUAUGACAUGAUCUAUUACAAUACUUUUCUCCUUAUCAUCUUCUCUUUGUGUUACUGGCAUUUUCAUCCUUUUUUGUUUUGUAUUUUUGGUCGUAGUGUAGUUGCAUCUACCUAAACCCCAACCCAUCCAACACCCCCCAUCCCCCCACCAUAAACACUCCCUCCUUUUUAUAGACCAUUUCCUUCCACUUUGCGGACGUAACACUUACAAUAUUUUCUUACAUUUUUCGUGUCAUCAAAAUGAAUAACAACAACAACAACAACAAUAAUCUUCCUUCCAUUUCCUCCAACAAUUCAAGCACCAUGAAUUCGGUUUCCGUGAUUCAGAGAGCAGAAAAUGGUGGAAAGGGAAUCGGAAAAGUGCCAUCUUUUGUACAAAGUGUCAACUUGAAGUACGUUAAAUUAGGUUACCACUAUCUCAUGUCUCACCUCCUAACCCUUUGUUUGGUCCCAAUCAUAGUUAUCACAAUUGUCCAGCUUUCCCAGAUGAACUAUGAAGAAAUCCUCCAUCUUUACUAUAGCCACCUCCAAUUAAACCUCGUCAGCAUCAUUGCAAUUUCUUCAUUGCUCGUAUGCGGGUCAACUGCCUACAUCAUGACCCGACCCAGAUCCGUUUACCUCGUUGACUAUGCCUGCUACCGCCCGCCGGAUCAUCUCAAAGUCAAAUACCAAGAUUUCAUGGAACAUUCCAGGCUGACCGGUGAUUUCGACGAGGUUUCGUUAGAGUUUCAGCGCAAGAUUCUUGAGCGAUCCGGGCUCGGAGAAGAAACGUAUUUGCCGGAAGCCUGUCAUUGUAUCCCGCCAAAUCCCACCAUGGCCAAAGCCCGGGAAGAAGCAGAGGAAGUCAUGUUCGGGGCCCUGGACAAUCUGUUCAAGUCCACCAAAAUUCAGCCCAAAGACAUUGGGAUUCUCGUGGUAAAUUGCAGUUUGUUCAAUCCGACUCCUUCCCUUUCCGCCAUGAUUGUAAACAAGUACAAACUCAGGGGAAAUAUAAGGAGCUUCAAUCUGGGCGGAAUGGGUUGCAGUGCCGGAGUAAUCGCCGUUGAUCUUGCGAAAGAUAUGCUCCAAGUUCAUAGAAACACUUACGCCGUUGUUGUCAGCACUGAAAACAUAACUCAAAACUGGUAUUUCGGUAACAAAAGAGCCAUGUUAAUCCCGAAUUGCCUUUUCCGGGUCGGGUGCGCCGCGGUUCUGUUAUCGAAUAAAACGUCGGAGAAAAGCCGGGCAAAAUACAAGCUUGUUCAUUCAGUCAGAACCCAUAAAGGGGCUGAUGAUGUAGCUUUCAGAUGUGUUUUCCAAGAACAGGAUGAUCAGGGAAAAACAGGGGUUUCGUUAUCAAAAGAUUUGAUGGCUAUAGCAGGGAAUGCCCUGAAGACAAAUAUCACAACUUUAGGGCCUUUGGUUCUUCCAAUCAGCGAACAAUUACUGUUUUUUAUCACAUUGGUUGCGAGAAAACUCUCCAAAAACUCCAAAAUCAAGCCUUAUAUCCCGGAUUUCAAGCUUGCGUUCGACCAUUUCUGCAUACAUGCUGGAGGCAGGGGAGUGAUUGAUGAGCUGGAGAAGAAUUUACAGCUUGAACCAAUUCAUGUUGAGGCAUCAAGGAUGACUCUGCAUCGAUUUGGUAACACUUCUUCCAGUUCGAUCUGGUACGAAUUGGCCUACACUGAAGCUAAAGGAAGGAUCAGAAAGGGGAAUCGGAUUUGGCAAAUUGCUUUCGGGAGUGGAUUCAAGUGUAACAGUGCGGUUUGGCAAGCGCUCAGGAAUGUCAAGCCAUCACCCAAUAAUCCCUGGGAAGAUUGCAUCCAUCGAUACCCUGUUCACAUCAGCAAAUGAAAAUAAUGCGCAAAUUUUAUUACAAGCUUUCUAGAUUAUAUAAUCAAGGCUGAAGUUUUUACCAGGUUUUUGUUUUCUUUCUUCCUGAAAUGUAAGAUUAUUAAUUAGUGGCUUGUUUAUGGUUCAAGGGUGUUUAAAAAUAAGAUCUUUACCAUUUUGAGGGAAAUUUAGAUUCCUUUAUUAUGUGUAUAUCUGCUUUUUUCAUGUUUCACGAAAUGGAUGUUCUUUUUGGGAGUGC